CCAUUAGAAUAUUUUACAUUUUUAUUUGUUUACAUAUGCCCGAUGUUACUCAUUCAUCUGAUAUGCAUCUUGUGUUUGGUAUCAAAGAACAGCUACGAAGACAUUAACAGAGAACUGGGUAAAUUGUGCAGUGUGCCACUGAAGUCUGAGCGAGCGUUACGAUUGACAUUAUUGAUGAACGACCAUUGGUAUCUUGAAAGUUAUAUUAAGCACAUGUCCAAUACCUUCGGUCCUGAGUUACUAUUCAUAAUACUGGAAAUGUACAUUCAAUUAGUGUUGGCCAUGUAUAUACUUAUAUGGACCAAUAUUCUUCACAAUGAGCAUGUGACUUUCUACAAAUGGUUUUUUGCAACCUUGCAGCUAGCAUUAGUAGCGGGUAAUUUUAUUUACUUGUGUUACCGAAGCAGUUCUAUUAUAAGUGAGAGCCGACAAGUAAUUUCUCAACUACAGCAUUUGAGAGAUAAAUUGUACGAUGAUCCCAAGUGCCAAGCUAUUCUGAAAAUAUUCACACUGCGAGUCAAUUGCCGGCAAGUACAUGUUUCAGUUUUGAAGCUUUUUGAUAUAAACCUUCCAUUAGUUAUUGUUUCAGCAGGCUACGUGCUAACAUACUUUUUGGUGCUUAUUCAAUUUCAAGUAGAAGGUUAUAAUCGUACACUUAGAGAAAUGAAUAUUAGUGCUAUCGUUAUUAAAAAUUGUAAAGUAUGGCCAUGUAUUACCGAUGAUGACUAA